AUGGCUAUCGGCAAGAACAAGAAUGCAACUAAAGCAAGUAGAAAAGGUGGCAAAAAGAAAGUCGCCGAUCCAUUCUCCAAAAAAGAUUGGUAUGAUAUCAAAGCACCAGCUAACUUUGAAGUACGAAAUGUUGGUCGAACACUCGUCACACGAACAACAGGCACAAAAAUCGCUUCGGAUGCUUUGAAAGGUCGUGUAUUUGAAGUAUCACUUGGUGAUUUAAACAAACAUGACGAUGAAGAUAGUCAUCGAAAAUUUCGAUUCAUCUGCGAAGAUGUUCAAGGUCGCCAUUGUUUAACUAAUUUCCAUGGUAUGGACAUGACUACUGAUCGUCUUCGUAUGUUAAUUAAGAAAUGGCAGACAUUAAUCGAAGCACAAGCCGAUAUUCGUACAUCAGAUGGAUAUCUUUUACGUGUAUUUUGCAUUGGUUUCACAAUGAAAAUGCGUGGUCAAAUCAGAAAAACUGCCUAUGCUCAACAUACACAAAUUAAAGCUAUCCGUAAGAAAAUGGUCGAAAUCAUGACUCGCGAUAUUGCUGGUAGUGAACUUAAAGAAGUUGUCAACAAACUUAUACCAAACAGCAUUGGUUCAGAAAUCGAAAAAGCUUGUCGCGGUAUUUAUCCAUUACAAAACGUCAACGUUCGAAAAGUCAAAGUACUCAAAAAACCCAAAUUCGAUGUUACACGUCUCAUGGAAAUGCAUGGUGAAAGUUAUAGCAGUGUAACCGUCGACGAAAAGGGUCAACGCGUCGAACGAGUUGAUGGUUAUGAACCACCAAUUGAUUUAGCAAUUGAAGGAAAAAGACGCUUUAUUAGAUUUAUUGCGGACAUUCUCAUCAAUGGGCUACAUCGAUUGGAAUAUCGUGGUUAUGAUUCGUCUGGCAUUGCAUUUGACAGUGACUAUGCUGAACAACGAGCAUGUAUGGUCGUCAGACAGAAGGGAAAAGUCGAAGAACUCGAACAUGCUGUAAAAUCUUUGGAAAAUAUCGAUUGGAGUGGCGAGUAUGCAGUUCAUGUUGGAAUUGCUCAUACGCGUUGGGCAACGCAUGGUGAACCAAGUGCUGUUAACUCUCAUCCACAACGUUCCGAUGAGCAAAAUCAAUUUGUUUGUGUUCAUAAUGGCAUCAUAACAAAUUAUAAAGAUAUUAAACAAUAUCUUAUCAAAAAAGGUUAUGUAUUCGAAUCGGAAACUGAUACAGAAGUUGUUAUUAAAUUAGUUAAGUAUCUGUAUGAUAAACACAAACAGGAAAAUAUUAGCUUUCAAAAAUUAAUUGAAAUGGCAUGUUCGCAAUUGGAAGGAGCAUUUGCGUUACUAUUUAAAAGCAUUCACUAUCCUGCUCAAUUAUGUGCUACUCGGCGAGGAAGUCCAAUGGUUAUUGGUGUAAAGUGCGCAAAUGAAUUUGCUGCAAAUCAUAUUCCUGUGACAUUCAGUAAAGAUCUAUCUUUGCAAUCGCGACAUCAGAAAGUAGAUUCUGAAACAAAUGAAAGUAGAAGAAUUUUCCUAAAUCUGCGUGGUGUUUUCUCAGCGCCGUUGAAAAAUCCUGACCAACCGUUAAGUGACUUAACAGUUGCGGGUAAUGAUCGCAGCAUUGAAUAUUACUUCGCUUCGGAUGCAAGUGCCAUCAUCGAACAUACGAAUCAAGUAAUAUUCAUGGAGGAUGAUGAUCUAGCUGUUGUCAACAAUGGUACAUUGACAAUCCACCGUUCACAACAUGAAGCAUCAGGACAAUCGACCAUUCGUGAAAUCAUUGAACUGAAAAUUGAAUUGCAGGAAAUCAUGAAAGGGAAUUAUAAAUAUUUUAUGCAAAAGGAAAUUUUCGAACAACCAGAAUCGGUUGUGAAUACAAUGCGCGGUCGAGUGAAUUUUAAUACGAAAAAAGUCGUUCUCGGAGGAAUCAAAGAUUACAUCAAUGAAAUUCGUCGUUGUCGUCGUUUAAUUUUAAUUGCAUGUGGAACAAGUUAUCAUUCAGCCGUUGCUACACGACAAUUACUUGAAGAAUUAUCAGAGCUACCUGUGAUGGUCGAAUUAGCAUCGGAUUUUCUCGAUCGAAGUACACCCGUCUUCCGAGAUGAUGUCUGCAUAUUCAUCUCUCAAUCGGGUGAAACAGCCGAUACUAUCUUAGCCUUACGAUAUUGUAAGCAACGUGGCGCACUCAUUGUUGGAUUUACAAAUACCGUUGGAUCAAGUAUUUCACGCGAAUCGCAUUGUGGUGUGCAUAUUAAUGCUGGACCAGAGAUUGGUGUGGCUAGUACGAAAGCAUAUACAAGUCAAUUCUUAGCACUUGUUCUAUUCGGUUUGGUUUUAUCGGAAGAUUCGAUAUCAAAACAAUCUCGACGAGAAGAUAUUAUCGAUGGUCUUCAAAAGUUACCAGAACUGAUCAAAGAAGUACUUACUUGUGAUCAGAAAAUACGUGAUUUUGCUGAAAACUUGUAUCAGAAAUCAUCGUUAUUAGUUAUGGGUCGCGGAUUUAAUUUUGCUACAUGUCUUGAAGGCGCUUUGAAAGUCAAAGAACUAACCUACAUGCAUUCCGAAGGUAUUCUAGCUGGUGAAUUAAAACAUGGUCCAUUAGCAAUGGUAGAUGAUACCAUGCCUAUUGUGAUGAUUAUUAUGGAUGAUCCCGUCAAAACAAAAUGCAUGAAUGCGUAUUCACAAGUGCAAGCGCGUGGUGGUCAACCUGUUCUCAUCUGUAAUAAUGAUGAUGAAGAACUGAUUAAAUUAGCACGCCGCUACAUUGCUGUACCGCGUACAGUUGACUGUUUACAAGGAAUCCUAUGUGUGGUGCCAAUGCAAUUGCUUUCGUUUCAUAUCGCUGUCCUACGCGGUUACGACGUUGAUUGUCCAAGAAACUUAGCCAAAUCGGUUACUGUUGCAUAA